CGUCAGCAAUGGACGUCUCCGCGCGCGUGCUCGUAUUUUUAUUCGUAAUCGCGCUCGUAACUGUACACGCUCACAUGUCGCUUCCCUCUCACGAUAACAUCCUUAGGAUACAACUUUGGGAUGCUGAGGGGUUAGUCAGAGAACCGAUAGCCACAGAUACGCCGAAAAUCGUAAGACACAAAACAAAAGUUGACUUAUCAUCCUUAUAUGAUGCGAUGAUGGGUGAUGAGUAUGAACACGGUGUAGGCCGGUAUGCAAGACAUAAAGUUAGGCAUAAGAGGCGUAGGCCGCGUCAAAGCGGCACCGAUCUUCCUUGGAGGUUCCAUUCUGGGACGAAGGUGAUGAACGUUGCGGUCUACGAUGAUGAUGUGCCAUGGAAUGUGAUUGAGGGGGCUGGUAGCGAGAACUCGAGUGUAGUGAGUGAUUCAAGUGCAAGUUACCAAGUGUACCAUCGUGAUGUGUCGCCGCCAAUGCCGUUUCGACGAGACGAGGAUGAAGAGCAGGAAGUGAAAAAAGAAUUGCCAGUCGUGCCAAAAUGUUGCGCGAGCGGGCAAAACUUGAGCGUCACAAUCGAAAAUGGAAAAACAAAAACAGUCUGCGCCCGGUCGAGCCUCACUUUCCAGCCAAUAUUCCACAAAGCUAAUGAAACGCACAUAUGGAGUUACGAUAGCAAUGUGUUUGAAACUAUAGUCGGGAACCCUUGUGCUUAUGAUAGGUACAAAUUGGAGCCGGACAAAGUGAGCGAAGAUGAGUUUUAUCUUUUAUUCAAUGGUUCUCUUUUCAUGCCGUUCAGUAAGCCUCCGUUGUUGGGCACAAGGAAUUUUUGUAUGGAGACGUUUUGGAACGAAUCCAAUCCGGCCGGUGUGACGCUUCCACUGGUUUGCUUCUCAGCGCCUAUUGAGGAAGCUGGAACGUCACCCACGCUUAUCGCUUAUGCAAUCGGGUUAAUAAUAUCAGUACCAUUUCUUCUGGCCACAGCGGUAGUGUAUAUCUUCAUAACAGAGCUAAGAGACACACAUGGAAAGGCUCUGGCUUGCCAUUCUACGUGUUUAGCAAUAGCAUUUUCGUGUUUAGCGGCAACGCAGCUGGCUGGACAUGCUUUUCCUAACACCGCUUGCUCUAUAAUGGCUUACCUCAUCCAGUUUUCGUUUGUUUCCUGUUUUUUCUGGUUGAAUGUCAUGUGCUUUGACACUUAUUUAAAUGUUAGAAGAUACAUUAACGCUUCAGUAAGUAGAAGGAGUAUGAGACGAAGAUUUGCAUGGUAUUGCGCAUACGCAAUCUUACUACCAAUUCUAUUACUCAUUAUAACAAUAACAAUGGACCUAUCUCCGGCCGUACCUAGUACAUACUUAAAACCUAACUUCGGUGUAAAAGGCUGUUGGUUCAAAACGGACGAGGCCGCGUUGCCGUAUUUCUAUGGCCCAGUAGCUGUUAUCCUACUUAGUAAUUUAAUUAUAUUUCUCUUCACUUCCCGGGCUUUCGUGCGGCAUUAUGACAAGCUUAAGGACGUUUCACCCUUAGACCUAACACACUCAGAGUUCAGUACAUCUGAUGAUUGGGUGCGACUCAACACUGUGCUGGGUCAGCCUCUGGCCGUCACUGAAACUUCACCAACCAGAGAGCCGCGAGUCAACUUCAACCAGAGGUUAAAGAAAUAUAAGAAAUUGUUUCGCAAAUGCUGCCUGCUAUCCGCCAUCAUGGGUAUAUCCUGGGUGUUGGAGGUGGUAUCUUGGGCAGCGGGAGCCGGUACAUCAGCAGUGUCAGUAUGGUCGGUGUUCGACCUUAUCAAUGCAUUGCAGGGUGUCGUAAUAUUCGCCAUCUUUGUAUUGCAACAACCCGUCCGAUCGUAUGUUAAGUUAUCAAAACUCUGUAGCACUUGUAGAAGAAGAAAAGACGAAUCAGAAAUAUCCGUAGUGAGUGACAGAAACAGUGUGUGUGGUACGGGCCGAAGAGAUUUUGUGUAGUGAACAUCGUGGAACAGGGCUUCCGUGAAUGAAUUGACAUUUCAGUAUAAUUUUCUAUGAAACAAAUAUCGUCGGGCCCUCAGGGUCCAGUUGGAGUAGUGAAAAAUAAUUACUACAGACGAAAGAAAUUUCCUGAUGCUUAAUACGUAUAAAAUUAAAUUAAGGGCUUCUAAAAAUUUACAAAAAAUCCAUAUUAAAAUCACCUGCGUAAAUAUUGCUUUUUGUAACGUUGUUGUGGCGUUGUCUCUCUGUGUUGUUCAGGCUAACAUUUUCUUCAAUAAAUGAGUGUUGCUUCUUUAAACAAUUGUUUUGAUACUACAUAAUAUCUAUAAAAACUUUUUGGAAGCCUUUAAAAUUAAUUUAAGGUUUUCUUAAGAAAAUGAAAACAAAUCCCUAAUUAACGAUAUUAGAGACUGAUUUUAUUACAGUAUUAUGUGAUUUUAGUAGAGGAAUCGCAUGUUUGGAACGUGGCUAAAGUUCCUUCUUACUAUUAUUCCACAAUUCAUAACAACCUCAUAUGAAGGAUAACAUCGAGUUUCUUAUCAUAAUACCUGUUUAAUAUGGAAAACUUCGUUACCAUGCUAACAGGAUUAUAUAAGGUCCUUAUUCCAGAUUUGAUUGGUUGGAUUGUAUACAAAAAAGAGACCGGUCGUUCGUCGAUAUCGCAGAUGUACUGAGCGACACAUUAAGUUAAAACCGUGUAGUUAGACUGGUCUUUCGUUAUAAUUUAUUUGUAUAAAAUGUGUAAAAACUAUUAUAGAUAAGUUUGUGUUUCUUGUUUUAAAGCUUAAAGUGUUAAACAAACUUUCGGUCUAAGAUUUAAUUUAAGAUUAUUGUAAAUUGAUUUUUAUUUUAACAUUUGUACAUAAACUGUUUUUAAAUCUUAUACAUGUGAUUUCUUGUAAUUUAUAUAGUUUCUACUUUGGAAAACUUAUGCUUUCUAUAUAUUUAAAAGCUUGCUUUCUUUUAGCAAUUAUAGUAAAUGUUGUGAGGCUAUAAAUUAUUUUUAUACUACGGACCAAUAAUUUGAAACUAACGUACGAGUCGUAAUUGCUACUGCAAACGUAAAAAAAUCGACCCAGGAUUUCAUAUUGAGUGUUGGCCUAGUGGCUUGAGCGUGCGUUACACAAGGCUAAAGAAUAGGCGUACGUUCGAAUCACGGCUGUAUAACAAUAGAUUAUUGUAUGAGCAUAUAACACUCACUCGUAUAGCGACGAAAAAGCAACGUUUCUUUACCUAAUAAUUGUUAUUUUAUUAGUAUAUUUCUGGAAUAAUAAACAAUUCAUUCCGAUACACUAAUGUGCCAUAUAUAUUUAUUAUGAAUUUGUCUAUCCGAACCGGGCAUCUUUAUAAACUUAAUACUAUAAAUUCAAUUGAAUAUUAUGUCAUUUUUGCUCUAAUGUCAAAUAUAAUAAGAGUGAAUAUUCCUCAACGUAGGCAUUAUACUAACGACUUAAACAAUUUACUUGGGCAUCACAAAAUUAGUUAUAUAUGUAUGUGUUUAUUCCCAUAACGGGUGCUAGUCAUAAUUAUUUUAAGCCAUAACUAUGCAUCGCCAAUAGACAGUUUGUACGUUAUCUGUGCUUAUAAAAUUCUAUAGUCUAUCGAAGUUGUAUGAAUGUUAUCUGUGGAUAUGUUUACUCUGUUAUAGUCUAGUCAAUAGCUGUCUUAAUUUGCAUAAUCAAAAUUGAAUAUUUAAGCCGGCUUCUAACAUCAUAAACAUACUAUGAACACCAAAUAGGUAUUCAAUGUUUUGUCCUAAUGCUAAUAAAUAAACAAUAUCUGAAUUUUAAGUUUAUAGUACGUUUAUUAACACACGUUAUGAAGGCGUAAUUACAAGAACAUUUCAUAGUUUUUUUUUGAAAAAUAUCCUUUUCUAUCUUACAACUGAAUACACAAUGAAAGGAAUAGCAUAUAUAAAUCGUAAUUAAAUAAUCAUACUUUAUAGAUUUUCAAAUUAAUGGCGUCAGAAUUAGAGCGGCGACCUUAAUGAGAUUCAGAACGAGACCUAGCGCAAACAAUGACUUUUUUAUGUCAAAAUCCUCAACAUCCUUGACGUACGGGAGUCAGUCUAAUUUCUGAUUACGACCUCAUCUACUAUGUGUUUUGUAUAAUGCAACCUACAGCUCGCAAACAAUGACACCUCGCGAGACUACUACACAGCCGUAAUGAAUUUUUCAAUAUUUUGUAAAUAAUGCUUUUUAUUAUAUUAUCAUUGGUUGAAAUUAUUAAAAAAUAUAAAUCUGUAAAACAAUGAAAUGUAAUACAAUCGCGUGUAUCCAUUAAGUUUUUUAAGUGCUUUGAAUAAAAUCAAAAUUCAAACUGUACGACAAUAAUUAGACGUAAAAUAUUUUUAAUUUUUUUGCUCUUCGUAUAAUUUUGUCUUAAUUUAUA